AUGUCGGUCGAACUGCGUCGCCUCCCCGACGCCGACGCCCGCGCGGCGUCGGCCCAGCAGACGGACGAAGAGGACGUCAACACCUUGAUCCAGACUAUGCCGCCAACCGACAAGGGCGCCGCCGCGUGGAAGUUUCUGUUGUCGAGCUUCGUCAUCGAAGCGCUUCUCUGGGGCUUCCCCUUGACCUUUGGAGUCUUCCAGGAAUACUAUUCCUCGCAGCCGCAGUUCAAGGACGACCCGAACAUCGCCAUCAUAGGCACCGUGUCGACGAGCAUCUACUUCCUCGGCGCGCCCCUCGCGGCCCCUCUCGUCAAGAGGUUCCAUCUCUACCAGAGACACAUGGUCGUCGUCGGCUGGGCCCUCUGCGUCGCCUCCCUGGUCGGCGCCUCCUUCGCCGACUCCGUCCCGGGGCUCAUCGCCACCCAGGGCGUCCUCUACGGCUUCGGCUUCCUGAUGCUGUACUUCCCGGUGCUGCGCAUGCUCAACGAGUGGUUCGUCGCCCGCCGCGGCCUGGCAUACGGCGUCCUCUACGCAGGGGGCGGCUUCAGCGGCGUCGGCCUGCCGUUCCUUCUGCAGCUGCUGUUGUCCAGGUACGGAUACCGCACGACUCUGCGCGCCGUCGCGGUGGCCCAGUUCGCCUGCGUUGCGCCUGUUCUGCACAUGGUCAAAGGCCGGCUGCCGCCGUCGCCCCGUGGUGCGAUGCGCAUGUUCGAUGUCAGCUUCCUGCGGCAGCCUCUCUUCUACUGCUUCGCGCUCUCCAACCUGUUCCAGGGGUUUGCCUACUACAUCCCCUCGCUGUAUCUGCCUUCUUACGCAUCCGCCAUCGGGCUGUCGGGUACCAUGGGAGCCUUGCUGCUCGCGGCCCACAACCUGGCGACCGUCUUCGGGCAGCUCGGCUUCGGAUGGCUCUCGGAUCGGACGGACAACGUCUUCGCUCUCAUGUUCGUGUCGUCCUUCGUGUCGUCCGUCGCGGCGUUCACGCUCUGGGGCUUCGCCCAUUCACUGGCGUUGUUGGUGGUAUUUGCGCUGGUCUUCGGCAUGUUCGCCGGGGGGUUCCUGAUAUUCUGGGCAAAGUUCGGCGCAAUGCUGUCCGAUGAUCCCCAGCCCGUGUUCAGCAUGAUGGCCUUCGGCAAGGGCAUCGGCAACUUGGCCACGGGCCCCAUCACGGCGGGCCUGUUGACGAAGCCAGUGAGCUGGGGCUACGGUAUGGGCCGGUACGAGUCGUUGAUCCUGUUCCUGGGCUCGUUCAUGUUGUGUUCGUCGCUCGGGGCUUUUGCGUGGCCCCUGAAGAAGCGCUGA